AUGAUGAAUGUCGAAAUUUUAUUACAAAAAAGUUUUAUUGAAUCAACAAAAAAAUUAUCAUCAUUAUCUAUUCAUGAAUUUAUUCAUUAUUUUAAUCUUGAUCCAAAUUAUGGUAAAAUAUUCUAUUGCAUGGGUUUAAUAGAUGAAAAUAUAGUUAAAACAUUAAUUGAAACAAAAAUUUUUAUUAAUGAAUAUAUACUUGAUGGAAUCUACAAUAAUUUUCUAAUCAGACUUCAUGAUACAUUAGAAUUAGGUAUUUAUUGUAUAUCUAUGGAAAAUUUUAAAAAUUCUGAUCAACAAAACCAAUAUUUAACAAUUAAACAACGAAAGAAUAAUGAUAAUAUUCAUAAAAUUAUUAAUGAAAAUGUUUGUAAACUUGGUUGUUAUUUAACUUAUAAACAAGCUUCUAUUCUUGUUGAUUAUACUGAUCCAGAAUAUGAACAUGAACUUUUAUCUUUAAUUACAAUACAUGAUAUUAUUUUACAAGAACAGUUUUUAAAACUUUAUUAA